GCUCUGUCUGUUAUUUCAAAUGUACUUGCUUUAUGGGGAGGAUUGACAGCACUUUACAUAUUUUUAUUUGGUGCUGAUUCGAUUAAACCAUGGGGAUUUAUACAUGAAAGGAUUCUUAAAAAUGAAACACGUAAUAAAUUGAUGUCAGCACCAUUUUUUAAAAAGGAAGGAACUCCUGAGGAAAGGAUUGAAGCAUUGGAAACAUUUCUUAAAGACCAUGUUGUUGAU